AUGUGUAGGGACUUGUAUGAAAGUAGAUCUAAAAUUGAUGCUGAUAAACCAGAUUCUAAUCUACAACAGCAAAGUAGCCCUAAGCCUAAGUCAGAGGUUCUCAGCAAUUUUGAAAAUAGUAAAGGAGAAACUCUAUUACAGACUCUUUUAGUUAAGGUUGUGGAUGAUAAAGGUAAAGAAUAUUUGGGAAGACCACUUUUGGAUCUAGGUUCCCAGAGAUCCUACAUUACUAAGGACUGUGUCACUAAAUUAGGUCUACAAGAAACAGGUAGUGAAGUCAUAAAUCAUAGCUUGUUUGGUGGUGUAAAUAUAAAACAAAAAUCUCAUAAAAACUACCUAGUGACUCUUCAGAAUGUAAAUAACUCUUUCAAGAUCUCUAUUCCUGUGACAGAUCAAGAAACAAUUUGCAACCAUGUUCCUAGGCUUAAGAGUGAAGAGUACUUUGACAUCUUAAAAGAAAAGAACAUUAUUUUAACUGAUGUGGGAGAAAAUGUACCAGAUGUUAAAAUUUUACUUGGUGCAGAUGUACUAGUGGAUUUGUACACAGGAACUAUGCAGAAGAUCGAUGACAAACUAGUCUCUAUCGAAACAUACCUUGGGUGGACCGUGAUGGGGAGGCAGCCAUGCAGAGGAAGUCGUAAAAUGUCUCUGCUAACUCUAUUUUGCCAGUCUAAAUCUGAAAUUAAAGAUCUGUGGAGCUUGGAGACAAUCGGAAUCAAGGACCCUAUUGAGGUGAAGCAGAGAGACUCCAUUGAUGCAGAAGUAUUUCAACAUUUUAAAGAAAAUGUAAGAGUGAAUGUUGAGAAUAGGUACGAAGUAUGUUUGCCGUGGUUGGAGGGUCAUCCUGAACUUCUAGACAAUCAUGAAAUUGCAGAGAGACGUUUGAUGUCAUCAACUAAAAGAUUAAAUACCCUUAACAAAUUCAACGACUAUGAUAAAGUCUUCAAAGAAUGGUUAGAAGAAGGGAUUAUAGAAAAUGUUUCAGAUCCAGCAGAGUCAACAAAGGUCCAUUACCUGCCGCAUCACCCAGUGACAAAAGACAGUAGCUUAACUACAAAAAUAAAGCCAGUGUUUGAUGGGUCUACAAAGAACAAAAGAGUGUGGGGUUAA